UAUUUGAAGUCGUUGCUCUUGCUUUUUUUUGAUGAAUAUCUGAUUUGUGAAAUACUUUUUUUUGUUUACGUGGUGGUGAUUUUCUGUGAAAAUUCAAUGACAGAAGUCAAUGACUGAACUGACUCGCUUAUCCUUUAUCCUGUGUGUCGUGUGUACGUUCUUUAAUGUUAGGGAUACCUAACAAGUGAAACUGAACAAUUGCAAUGGGAUUCGCGUUAUUUGCUGCUGAAAAUAUGAACACACACUGAAACUUUGUAUUCAUAGUGUAUUGAUUUUACACGUUACUUCAGUGAAAUUGUGUGAUUAUUUAUUUCUGCAAAAUGGACCACGUAGAUAAUUACACCAUGGACAAUUACACUACAUUACCGUUUGCUAGCCCACCCAUAAACAAAACCUUGUAUAUUGGGUUUCUAUUCGCUGUACUUAUCAUUGGUAUGAUCGCUAACACGAGUUUAAUUUGGCUUGUAGCGACUGUCAGGGACCUGCGAACUCCUCCAAGUGUACUCCUGACAAAUCAGUCCAUAGGAGACCUGUGUUUCUUAGGAUUCUCCAUGAUCCCUCAGCUUGUGGAUGCUCUUGUUCCAGGGUACAACCAGCAGCCUUGGUUGUGCCAUCUCAAUCACUUCACCUACUUCACUUCAUUUGCCGUCUCCGCUUUAAGCCUCAUGGCGAUCAGCAUCGAACGCUACUGUGCCAUCGUCAUCCCACUAAAAUUCCGCAUGAUCCGUAGUUUACGCACGACGUCUGCUGCGUGUGGGUUUAUCUGGCUUCUUGCGAGUACGUUCGGCGCCUAUGCUGUCUCGGCAACGGAGUCCGCGUCCGAGAGAUGCACCUAUCCUUAUGAGCAGCUCUCCUUUCGGAUUUACUUCAUGUUCCAGUUGAUUUUUCUGUAUGUCGUACCUGUACUUUGCAUGACGGUGUUCUACGGCAUCUGCGCGCGACACCUCUUGCGGAAAGAGAUUCGCACCUCUGGUACCGACAACGCGAGAGUCCGCGUAGCCAUCAACCUCAUGGUCAUCACCCUUGUCUUCUCCCUGUGCUGGUUGCCGCAUUACAUCUACUAUUCAUGGUUCCUAUUUUUCUUCGACUUUAAAAUAUUUGGCACGAGGUCCAUGUACCUCUUCCGCGCCAGUAGAUCCGGGCUGUAUUACUUCGCUUCGUGCAUCAACCCCAUAAUCCUCUACGCCAUGAGCUCUUCAUUUCGGCGCCAUUUUAUCCGCAAGGUCACGUGCUUUGUGGCGCAUCGCGAGGCGCAAGAGAGCAGUCAGCUGAGCGGGCGUACAUAUACAGCCCUUACUCAUCAACACGUCAGCAACGUUAUUCAUAAGAAUAACGUCCCUGGCCAUAAAGAAUCCCGCGAAUCAUGUGAAAUUCAAAUGGAUAAGAUGGGAAAGUAUUGUCACAAAGAGGAAGAGCAGGCCCUUCGCUGUCCAAGAUGCAUUCUUGAAGACGGUGUGUGA